AUCGGCAUGAUCUGUUUGAUUGGUGUGUCGAUCAUCCGAUUAAAAUUAGGGAAGACAGGACUGGCCUAUCAAGAACUCCACAGGGCGGGAUUUGAUAGAGGGGGCUGUGUGCGAAGUAUCAUGGAGGAUCAGUAAGAGAACUGUGGCCAUCCAAGAAAGCUGAGCUGUGGGUCCAAGCACUGGAGUUUCAGAAAAUUUGAUUGGCAUUUUUUUUACGUUAACAUAGUGUUUUAUAUUUUAUUAAUAAUGGAGAUGAAGAAGAGGAUCAGUUUAGAAUUGAGGAAUAGGACACCAGCGGAGGUGGAAGAACUGGUGGUGGAUAAUUGCCGCACCAGUGAUGGUGAAGUAGAGGGCCUGACGGAUGAUUUCAAGGAGCUGGAAUUCCUCAGCAUGGUCAACGUUGGACUCACCUCCCUGGCCAAAAUACCCUCACUACCCAAACUGCGCAAGUUGGAGCUGAGUGACAACAACAUCUCAGGUCAUUUGGAGACACUUUCAGAGAAGUGCCCCAACCUGACGUAUCUAAACCUGAGUGGCAACAAGAUCAAGGGGCUGAACAACGUUGAGGCCCUGCAAAAUCUGAAGAACCUGAAGAGCCUGGACCUGUUUAACUGUGAGAUCACCACACUGGAGGAGUACCGUGAGAGCAUCUUUGAGCUGCUGCCUCAGGUCACCUACCUGGACGGCUUCGACCAGGAGGACAACGAGGCCCCUGACUCAGAGGCAGACGACGAUGGUGAGCAUGGCUACCACAUGGUGGGGUUGGUGAUAUUUCAGCCUAACUUUCUUGAACAAAAUACUUCUUCAUUCAUAGAUGAUGAUGAGGGGGAGGACGGAGCCGGGCCCACAGGGGACUAUGAUGAUGAAGAUGAGGAUGAGGAGGGCUCGGAAGGAGGAGAGGUUGGGCUCUCCUACCUGAUGAAGGAAAAGAUCCAGGACGAAGAAGAUGAUGACGACUACGCAGAGGAGGAGGAAGAAGAGGAGAAGGCAGGAGUCAAAGGGGAGAAGAGGAAGAGGGAUGCUGAGGACGAAGGGGAGGAGGAUGAUGAUGACGACGACUAGGCUUGUCUUUCCCCUGCGAACCUCUGGAUCCAGAUCCAAGUAGAACAAUAACCACAAAAAAAGUGUGAUCUUGCAGAUUGUUUCUCUUUGUAUACCAUAGAUAUCACUGUAGAGGCUGUUUCUUUUAUAUAUAAAUAUAUAUAUGAGAUACUAUACGAAAAGGAUAUUUUAUCGACAAAUAAUUUGUUCAUCAUUCUAAGUUAAAUUACCACUCCAAAAAUCUCGUCAAUAUGCAGGCAGGUUAAAAUAAAUGGAUGUAGGGGAGUGGGUGGGGCUGGAUUUAUGUUAUGGGCUAAUUUAAGAAGGGCUGUCGCUACAAUGACCAGCCAUCCGCACAACAGAAGUGGCCCGCGCUGUCCCUCGUUGACAUCAGUGUUCAACAAACCUCCAGUGACGUUCCAAGACCCAUGACAGGCCCAGCAGCCCAGAGUCCAGUCCAGCCCAAAGAGAUAGAGGACUCAUCUUUGUAUCUGUGCCAUUAUAGCAUCUGUGACUGCAUGGGCAGCGCCAUUGAGGCAAUCUCCAUUUUGAAGCAGUCAAUUUUAUUCACGAUUGGCUGAUCCCUCCUGAUGACUCGCAACAGGGUCACCAGGAGGGAUCAGCCAAUGAAGUUAAAAGUCCUACCCAGUUGACUACGUUAAAAUGGUGGAAGCCCUCAAUGGCGCUGCCCAUGCUAACAUGGCCUUUUGGCCACUAGAGGCCUCUCAUUCUCUAUGGCCCAGCCAAGUCUCAUCUACCUCUCUGGGCCACGGUGAGAAGAGAAUGCACCCUACAGGACAAAACUCUACACAGAACCACCCUCACUACUCAGGCGGCCAGGGAUACCAGGCUAGAAUAAAAGGCACCAGGAAGUUUAGGAACCUCUACCGUCAUCACUGUCUGCCACAAGCAGUCUCCUCUUUCUCCCCCCCCCCCAACUCAUUUGUACCAGAUAGUUUCCAGCCAUCAAUGAAAGUCCUGUCUCCCGUAAGCAUAGCAAAGACUGUGUUAGAUCCCUCACACAGUACAUGACUUGUUUUAGGAAUAUUUGAAAUAGUGGGAGGUUGGGAGACCCAGAAAAGUAGUUAGCAGUUUCUAGCAGUUUCAAUACCAGCGUUAGCCCUGCAAACCGACCACAACAUUUGUUAGGGCCAUAGAGCUGUGGCUUUCCAGGACUGGGGCUGGUAAUCUGUAUUCUAAAUCAAACCUAGCGGUUUGGCCUUAACCUUAUCUGUCCUUAACGGAUGCAAACCAAUAUAUUUCCUUCUGGUUCAACAGGCCAUAUCUGUUAACAGCUUUAAAUUCUGUAACCUGACUAUUAAUGUUGUUGUUGCGGUGAUAGAGUGGCACGGCCAUAAUGUUUAUAUUGAAAAAGUUAAGGUCAAACCGCUUCGGUGUAGGAAUGAACCGCAUCCCGAAGUAAAUUUUUACCUUUGUCUUGCUGUUGAUGCAAGUUAGUUUAUAAUUGUACUGGUAUUUUACAUAGCAGGAACUUUAAUCUAUUAUUUGUAAGGCAAUAUGUAAAUAGUUUCAGUUCCAACAGUUUGAUGUUUCAUGUGGUUUUUUUGUGGGGGGUUUUAUGACAUUUUUCGUCAUUUUGUUUUAAUAUAAAGCACAGGUCAAGGGGCCAAACUCUGACCUAACACACUCAAUAUAGAUUAUUUUCCAUCCUUGGCUGUUGUGACACGUUUUGUGUGGUGUAAACAUCUUAAAAGAAGGAUUUUGAAUAAAACAAUAUAUAAACAGAAAAGAGAAUGCUUUAAUUAAAAUAAAUUGAUCGUU